AUGUCCGAGCGCGCACACCACGAUGGCUCUGCCGGCCGCGCCUACACCGUCGAGCAGAAAGCCGCCGUCCUGCGCAUUAAGAGGUGCGCGCCAACCGCCUACUAUGAGAUUCUGGGCCUCGAAGAUGUAAAAAAGACGUGCACCGAUGGCGAAAUCAAAAAGGCAUACCGAAAGCUCUCGCUGCUCACACAUCCGGAUAAAAAUGGCUACGCAGGUGCAGACGAAGCCUUCAAGCUUGUCAGCAAAGCCUUCCAGGUUCUCAGCGACCCGGACAAGAAAAGCAAAUUCGACCAGUUUGGAGGCGAUCCGGAUGCGCGCUUCAACCCUGCAGCCGCGGGCGCAGGAGGGUCCCCGUUCAGUGGCUUCGCAGGGCAGAGGGGUGGCGGUUUCCAGGAAGAGAUGACGCCGGAAGAGCUGUUCAGGCAGUUCUUUGGCGGAGGCUUUGGUGCGCCGUUCGGCGGCUUCGACACAGGGCCAGGCUUCGUGUUCAACCUCGGCGGCGGGCCAGGCGUACGGGUACAUCAGUUUGGCGGCGGGCGACCGAGGAGAAGACCGGGGACUGCCCAGCCGCCGGGGCGCGAAGAGGCGCCGGGGCUGGGGAAUGCGUUGGGGAAUCUGCUGCCGCUGCUGUUCCUCUUCGUCCUACCACUGCUGUCGUCACUCUUCUCGGGCGGAUCAUCGAGUUCAGGGCCGUCGUUUGCCUUCACACCACAGCGCGAGUUCACAUGCAUGCACAAGUCGCAAGGCACAUUCGGCGUCAACUACUACGUCGCCAACUCCGUCUGCCAGGAAUACGGCAGCAACUCGCGAGACAAGAGGUGGAAGGCGCUGGACAAGCAGGUUGAGAACUCGUAUGUACACACGCUGGACGUACGGUGCAAUAACGAGCAAUACGCGCAGAGCAAAAAGAUGCAGGAUGCACAGGGGUGGUUCUUCGUCGACGAGGAGGCCAUGGCGCAGGCGAGGAACAUGCCCAUGCCCAAUUGUGAUACCUUGCUGAAGUUCGGCCUCUAA